GCACAGACGCGUGAAGAACAACAUGGCGGAAGGGAAGAGCGCGCUGUGACUUUGGCUCCUGUGAGGAAACUCGCAGCGUUGCAUGGCGAUGGCGGCAGGCUGUGUGAGGAGGCUGCUCGGCCUCACGGCUGGCGGGUCCGGACCCGGCUCCUGGAGCCCUCAGCUGACCCUGGUGAGGGCGGCUCCGCUCUGCACGGCAGCAGGUGACCCUCCCGACGCUCCUGAAGCUCCUGAAGCUCCCAGCAAGAAGAGGAAGAAGCAGGACCCUGGAGCGCAACCCAGCUUCGGCAGCGUGGGCCGCAGGAUCCCGCACCGCACGGUGCAGCUGAUCGGCGAGUCUGGCCAGGACAUGGGGGUGAUGCACCGCGCCGACGUGCUGAAGCUGCUGGAUCUGCAGGGGCUGAAGCUGGUGCUGCUCAACGCCAGUGCCGAGCCGCCCGUCUACCGGCUGAUGAGCGGCAGGCAGAUCCACGAGGAGCAGCUGAAGAUGAGGGAGAAGCAGAAGGAGAGAGCAGCGCCCCCGCAGGUGAAGGAGCUGGUGUUCUCCAGCAGCAUCGCGGCGCACGACCUGGCCACCAAGCUGAAGCAAGUGGAGACCUGGCUGGAGAGGACGCACCAGGUCCGGCUUACGCUCCGCUGCGGCCACCCGGCCCACAAGGACGCCCUGGACUCCACCUUGGCAGAGAUGCUGCGGCAGCUGGACGCGGCCUACGGCUUCGUGUCGCAGCCUCGAGUGGUGCGAGAGGGCAAGUCUGCCUCCUGCGUGCUGCGGCCACCAACCAGGAAGGAGCUGGCCAAGAAGGAGAAGGAGGCGCCCCCUGCUGGCGCGGGCAGCACUGUGACGAGAGCUGGAGUCAGCGCAGGAGCAGGCGCCCCCUGCUGGCUCGGGCAGCGCGGUGACGGAGUGGAGAAGAGCAAACGCUCCCGAGAAACUCUUCUUCCAUGUAAAUAAACCGUUAUGGGCUGAGACGUCGCCUGACAUCAAACAGCACUGCCAACCUGCUGUGUGCUUUCUGAAGCUGAAAGUGGAGUUGCGUUCCGGGCCGGGAGAACAGCCCCAGCUCCUUCUGCAGGAGGUCGCCGACGCGAGCCGGAGUUUCCUGUGAGCAGAGCGAGCCGAUGUAUUGAGAGAGUAGAGUUUUUUCUCCUCUGGUCCGUCUGGAUCCCCGGACCUGCCGGGGCAGCAACACCACCCCACCCCACCCGUGGUGAGGUGAGGUGAGGGAAGAAGAGGCCGGGCCGAGUCCGUGUCGGUGCUUUAUUCAAGCGUCCAUGGUUUUGUGUUUUUGGUAAAAAAUAACAACUGUUUUGGCAAACCGA